AUUAUAUACUUUUGAAUAUUCAAAAAACAAUACAUACUAUAUGGCAAACACUGGAGUAGAUUAUAAUCCGUACGAACACCGAAAUGUUGAAAAUCCAAUAACGAAAUGUGGUGCCUUUGUGACGCUAUUCAAUUGUGUGGUUGGAACAGGAGUCCUGGCCCUUCCCUUGGCAUUUCACUAUGCGGGAAUCAUGAUGGCCAUUAUCCUGCUCCUGGUUUGCACCUUCUUGCUAAUUCAUGGCAUGCAGUUGCUGGUAUAUAGCAUGGUGGAGUGUUCGCGCCGGAUGCAAAUCGGUUAUGCCAGCUUUCCGGAGGCAAUGGCCUUCUCCUUUGCCCAGGGACCCGCGUGCUUCAGGUGUAGUGCCAAGGCGGGAGGAUAUCUCGUGGAUGGAGUCCUGGCCUUCUCCCACUACGGCGUCUGUGUGGUCUACAUAGUUUUUGUGGCCUCUACUUUCAAGCAGAUCAUAGACUACUAUUGGCAGGUAUUCGAUAUCCGCAUCUACGUGGCACUCGUGGGACUAUUCACCCUCCCGAUCUUCCUGAUUCGGUCGCUCAAGUACCUGGUACCUCUCAACUUGAUGGCCACCGUGCUCAUCUAUUUUGUGAUGUUCUACUAUCUGUUCACAGGACUUCCGUCGCUGUCCGAGCGCGACAUUAUAGUCGGAAAAAUCGGGAAGCUGGGCCUCUUCUUCGGCAUCGCCCUGUUCGCCGUCAGUUCGGUGGGAGUGAUGCUAGCGGUUGAGGCCAAGAUGGCCAAACCCAAGGCCUAUCUCGGUUGGUUCGGUAUCCUUGACUUGGCCAUAUUUGUGGUGCUGAUCUCGUACAUAUUGUUUGGAUUCUUUGGCUACUGGCGUUAUGGGGAUCAAUUGUACGGCAGUAUUUCCCUAAACCUGCCAACGAAUGAAGUUCCCUCGCAAAUUGCAAAGAUCCUUAUUGCUGUGGACAUCUACCUGACGUACCCGUUGGCCGGAUAUGUGGUCAUCGACAUCAUAAUGACCCAUUACUGGAACAAAAACGGUGACCUGAAGCAUGCAAAGCUCAAGGAGAUCCUCCUCCGCAUAUUGUUUGUAAUCCUGACCACCUUGAAUGGAGUGUUGGCCCCUCACUUGGGUGCACUUCUCUCUCUGGUUGGUGCCUUGACCAUCUCUUUGCUGAACCUCAUCUUCCCGGCCCUCAUUGAAAUCUGCCUGUACUAUCCGCCGGAAUAUAGCUACGGCAAACUAAAGUGGAAGCUGUGGAAGGACAUCUUUCUCAUCAUUGUGGGCACUAUCAUACUGAUCGAGGGCACCACUUUCGCAUCGAUGGCUAUGAUCACCGAAUAUGGAUAUACCGAUACCGGCGAGUUUAAUCGCAUGGUUUACCAAAAUUAUUGCUUAGACAUUAGCGCAAACUGCAGUAACAUGACUGAAUACUAAAUUCUAGUCUUUUAGAAAUUUUCCAAUUGUAAGAAAUCCAUUUGUAAAUGUAGAUACAUAUAUAAAUAUCUUUUAUGUA